AUGGCUCACGCUAGUUUCUCCCCAAGCCUUUGGCAGCCGGCUUUGCACAGGAUCGUAUUGCUCCUGGUCUUGUAUCUCGCCCUUGUCCAUCCAUCGAACUGUUCUGUUAUCCAGAGACGUGCUGCACCUCCACAAAAGCUGCCGAAAAGGGCCACAGAAAACGACCUACGUUACCAGCCGGCCUUAGAUUUUGAUACCGAUUCCUGCUACAACGUACCCGCCAUUGGCUGUGAUGGAAAGAUUGCAGAGGGACUUGAACCCGAUGGUACUACGAAAGACUACCGUGACCUCGCCGACCUUGACAACACCAAUGUCUAUUCUCGUCAGCGAUGCAACAGCGGCUGGUGUGCCUACAUGUACGAUUACUACUUCGAAAAGGACCACGCUGAUAUUGGUGCACACAAACACGACUGGGAGCACAUCAUCGUAUGGGUAACUGAUGACCGAACGAAAAAUAAAAAGUACGCGUGUGUGUCUCAGCAUGGUGAAUGGCUAUGUCACCCAGAGGAUAAGGUGCUCUGGAAAGACGAACACCCCAAGGUACCAAUUAUGGCCUGA